AAUGAAAUGUGAUCACAGUAUUUGGACAUAUCGAAAAUGCAGGUUGUCAUAGCUUGCUUCCUGUCCUUGGCAGUGUCGGGGUUGGCUAAGCCGUUCUACGGUCAGUUCGUGAGGGUACCCCGGUCACAUCUCGGCUAUGGUAGCUACAUCUCGCCGUGCGCUGCCGCUGGCGGCUACCAUCACGCAAUUCCUGCCUACCACGCACAGUCCUACGGGCCCGUCGGCUACGGGCAUGCUCAUAUCGGCGGCUACGGCGGAGGCUAUGCUGGAGGACCUCAUUAUCGAGCGGACGAAAUGGAACAAAAUACUAACGAAGAACCCGAAAUGAUGAGCUUCUCGGAGAUGGAACCUUCAGAGAAUGCGCCUGAAGCGAGAUUCGUGUCGCUUGGUGGGAGUUACGCCGCGCCGCAAGCGAGCUCGUAUGGCGCUAUUGGCGCUGCGUCACCUGGAGCGGUCGGUGUGUUCCCGGGCGCUCAUGUGGGCGGAUGCAACGUGCCGCUACUCCUGAGCUGUUCCCCGUCUAUCGUGCCUGGCCGGAUUGUGUCCCACGGGUCGUCCUACGGCUCGCACGCCGCUUAUGGGUCCUCGGCCAUCGCCGCAGUUGGAGCCGGUGCCUACCGCAGUGACUCCGAGGCUCCGCACGACCUGACCCCGUCGGAGCAGCCAGCGGCCGAACCGCACACCACCACGGUACAUGAAGCUACCAACAUCACUCCAGCCAGGACUCAGUGAAAUUAGCUCUAUAUUAAAAUAGUAUCUGUAUUAGAAUAAUUAUGGUUGUUAUUUAUUUAGAUACUUAGAUAAUAAAUUAUUAUUUG